CAAAAAUGUCACCGUCUUUAGCUGCAUACUCCCCACUUUCAUAAUUGUUUUUAUUGACAAUGAACACUGAACACGAGCGAUUUCGCAAUAGGCUGCCUCGCAAAUGUUUCUCAUGAAGGGAGUUCACCCAUUACGCAGUCAGGCCUACGCCGGCUCUAAAUAUAAACGCUAUAAAAGCACUGUUGAUCUGGAUGCAUUCAUGUUCUGCCUGUCAGAGCCUUUUCAUCACAAGUUGCUUGAACGGACCUCUAGAUUGCAACUGCGCCAUGGGGAAACUUUGGGCCCAGAUUCUGAUGCUCCUUCUUGCUAUGGCAAUCGCUGGGUCCGCCCUGAAGUGUAAUUUCUGCCACAGCAUUUUUGUCCCGAAUCCCGAAUGCAAGAAAGCUGGGACCGAGUCCAAAUUUCUUGUGGAAUGCCCAGCCCAGCCGGAAGGCUACGUCACACGCUGCGGAAAAGCUGACGGUAUUUUGAGUACCAAAACCGGCCGAGGACUUAUCAACAUGAAAGACUUUGAACUGGAGUGUUCAAACGUCAAGUCCAGCCAUGUCCCCGAGAACAAGUGCUACGUGGACAACGAGGCCAUUCCUUGGUUUUACGAGACCUUGGACCCCGCAUCCCGAUCCUAUGCUGAGUCACUCUCACUCAACGUCGAGUUCAAGGGAACCGUUUGCUUCUGCGAUACCGAUGGAUGUAACGCAGCCUUCCCACAUCGACACCACAUACAAAAACGAAUGCUGACAGACAGGCACAGAUAGGCACCAGGCUAUUCGCCAUUUCCAAACGUGUCCAAAAUUUUUGGAUAGAAAAUAAUGAUCCAAUACAGAGAGCAGGUAGUGGUGGGAGCGUACUGCUCUACACCCCGAGAACGUGGUUGCCCGCUCACUUCUCUCCGCAAUGGACUACAGAACAAGGAUGCAGCCGACAUUGCUCCAGUGAGCUCAACCUUGUUAAAGGUAGAGUACGCCUUUGGUAAUCAAGGGCGGAUCCAGAACACAAUUUUUUUGGGGGGG